AUGCUGGUGAAGAGUCAGGACGAGAAAGGGCAUCUGGACAACCUGCAGGAGACCUUUGACACACUUAGGCAGUACCACAUGAAGUUGAACCCUAGCAAAUGUGUUUUUGGAGUAUCAUCAGGAAAAUUCCUUGGAUUUAUGGUCUCCCAUAGGGGAAUUGAAGCGAAUCCUGACAAAAUUCAAGCAAUACUAGACAUGAAGCCUUCACAAAAUACUAAAGAAAUCCAAUCUCUCACCGGACGAGUUGCUGCACUUAACAGGUUUGGAGUGCCCAGAGUAUUGGUGUCUGACAACGGACGAAAAUUUGACAAUGCACUUUUCAGGGACUUUUGUGCAAACUUCGGAAUUCAAAAUCAUUAUUCCUCACCCGCCCAUCCCCAAGCCAAUGGUCAGGCUGAAGUUACAAACCGAUCCUUAUUGAAAAUCCUCAAGACUCGGCUUAAGGGGGCAAAGGGAGUAUGGCCAGAUAAGUUACCAGGUGUUCUAUGGGCGUACAGGACGACAGUGAGAACCCCUACGGGGGAAACUCUUUUCAAGUUAGCCUAUGGAAGCGAAGCAGUCAUACCUGCAGAAGUGCGUAUGGCCAAUCACAGGAUGAUGAUGUAUCAAGAUAAGGAUAAUGAGGAGCAACUCCGUUUGAACUUUGAUCUAAUAGACGAGGUAAGGACAGGCGCAGAGUAG